AUGGCCAAAACCGCCUGGCUGCGCUGCCGGGUGCUGGAGGGGAAGGACCUGCCCGCCAAGGACCUCUCUGGCUCCAGCGAUCCCUACUGUGGGGUCAAGGUGGACAACGAGGUGGUGGCCAGGGCGGCCACGGUGUGGAAGAGCCUGAACCCUUUUUGGGGUGAGGAAAUCACGCUGCUUCUGCCCCGUGGAUUCCACAGCCCGACCUGGUCCCCUCGGGACGCCUCGGGCGCCUCGGACCCCUUUGGCCGGGUGUCGUGCUGCGGGCACACGCUGGGGACAGCCGUGGUGAAGAAAACGCGGCUCCCGAGCUGGGAUGAGGUGCUGGAGUUCGAGCUGCCGGAGGGGGAGCUGGGAGAGGCCGUGCUGAGCGUGGAGCUUUGGGACUGGGACAUCGUGGGCAAGAACGACUCCCUGGGGCGGGUCGAGUUUUUCUUGGACACCCUCUGCCCGGGCCUCACCAGGGGCUGGUUCCAUCUCCUGCCCCUCCCCAGCACCACCGGGGACCACGGGGGACAGCUGGGUGCCCUGAGGCUGGCAGUGAGGCUGCUGGAGGACACAGUCCUGCCCUCCCACCACUACCAGCCCCUCAUCCAGCUCCUCACCGAGCCCAUCCUCUGCCCGGCCCAGUCCCCUGAGGGCACAGCCCUGGCUGUCCUGGAGGAGGUGACCUCAGGGGAGAGCCAGCAGGACGUGGCCUCCAAGUUGGUGAAGCUCUUCUCGGGCCAAGGGCUGGCUGUGCUCCUCCUGGACUACCUCACCAGCCACGAGCUGGCCAGGACCACUGAUCCCAACACCCUGCUCCGCUCCAACUCACUGGCCUCCAAAUCCACGGAGCAGUUCAUGAAGGUGGUGGGGCUGCCCUACCUGCACGAGCUCCUGAAGCCAGUGCUGAACCGCAUCUUUGAGGAGAAGAAACAUGUGGAGCUGGACCCCGGCAAGAUGGAGCUGAGCCGGGGCAGAAGGAUCUCCUUCAGGGGGUCCCUGUCGGAGGCACAGGUGCAGGAGAGCAGCCUGGAGCUGCUGAAGGGCUACCUGGGGGACAUCGUCCAUGCCAUCGUGGGCUUGGUGGACAAGUGUCCCCUCCCCAUGAGGGUGGCAUUCCAGCAGCUCCGCAGGCGGGUGGAGCAGCGAUUCCCCUCGGCACAGCACGAGGAGGUGCGGUACUUCUCCAAUGGGUUCCUCUUCCUUCACUUCUUCGCUCCCACUGUGCUCACCCCGAAGCUCUUCGGGCUGCGGGAGCAGUGCACAGAGCCCGGCACCGGCCCCACGCUCCUGCUGCUCGCCAAGGUGUGCCCCGUCCCUGCUGUCCCCUCAGAGCGCCCCGGAGCUGUGGCAGUGGCUGUGGGCGCUGUGCCAGGCCACCAGUGCCAACCGGGACAUGCUGCCCACGUUCCACCCCGGCACCUUCCACCCGUGCCGCUAGGACUGGGGGUGCCCUGGCCUCGGCGUGCCCGCCAGGGGGGUGUGGCUGUCGCCGUGUCCCCACUCUGUGCUUGGCAGUGCCCGGGUGCAGCCGUGCCCACGGCCCGCGGUGGCAGCGCAGAGCCUCUGCGGGCACCUGCGGGCAGCGCUGGCCGGGGGUCCCGAGGGCAGCGCGGUGGCCGGGCCCCCCUGCCCGGGCCAGGCAGGCUGCAGGAGGUGCUGCGAGACCUGCACAUCGCCCACGACGCCUUCGCCCGCCGCGACGAGACCCCGGAGCCACCCCCAGGUCCCCUCCCUGUCCCCAAGCCCCGGCGCCCCCAGCGUCCCCCCCUCAGGCCAGCCCGGGGGGGCACAGAGGGGACGCGGGGCCAGCAGCCCGGCACGGGGUGUAUUCUGUAA